AGGGACUCGUGGGGUAACUUGUUCUUGGGAGCCAGCGGUAUGGUGUCGGGCUGCAAGAUUGGCCCAUCCAUCCUCAACAGCGACCUGGCCAAUUUAGGGGCCGAGUACCUCCAGAUGCUAGAUUCUGGGGCCGAUUAUCUGCACCUGGAUGUAAUGGAUGGGCAUUUUGAUCCCAACAUCACCUUUGGUCACCCUGUGGUAGAAAGCCUUUGAAAGCAGCUAGGCCAGGACCCUUUCUUUGACAUGCACAUGAUGGUGUCCAAGCCAGAACAGUGGGUAAAGCCAAUGGCUAUAGCAGGAGCCAAUCAGUACACCUUUCAUCUCGAGGCUACUGAGAACCCAGGGACUUUGAUUAAAGACAUUCGGGAGAAUGGGAUGAAGGUUGGCCUUGCCAUCAAACCAGGAACCUCAGUUGAGUAUUUGGCACCAUGGGCUAAUCAAAUAGAUAUGGCCUUGGUUAUGACAGUGGAACCGGGGUUUGGAAGGCAGAAAUUCAUGGAAGAUAUGAUGCGAAAGGUUCACUGGUUGAGGACCCAGUUCCCAUCUUUGGAUAUAGAGGUCGAUGGUGGAGUAGGUCCUGACACUGUCCAUAAGUGUGCAGAGGCAGGAGCCAACAUGAUUGUGUCUGGCAGUGCUAUUAUGAGGAGUGAAGACCCCAGAUCUGUGAUCAACCUAUUAAGAAAUGUUUGCUCAGAAGCUGCUCAGAAACGUUCUCUUGAUCGAUGAAACCAUAAGGAGCCCAGUGUUUCUGUUCAUGAAAUCUCCCUUUGACUGGAAAACGAAUAUUGACUACCAAAUCAUAAUGCAAUUGAAGCCGUACUGCUUUUUUGAGCAGUUAUUCAUUCCAGUGAUUAAAACUGAUUGUGCAGAAUAUUCUAAGAGGCCAGAAAUUGGUAUGUAUAACUACAUUUUUAGUGAUGCAAUUUAAUGACUAGUGAGUAAGAUACUGUUUUUAUUGAGAGACUUGAUUUUUAUAAAGAGUAAAAAUACGGCUGCAUUAAGGUUACAAACAGAAAAGUGUCUUAAUGCCUAAGGAGGGCAUAUUAGCUACACUACAAAAACAAAUUUUGUCUGUACUUCUGAAAAGAAUUUUGUUGUUUCUCAGCUGUUUUCCAAAAGCAAAGGAAGUCUUUAUGGUUUUUUUCUAUUUCAUGUUAUUUGUGAUUUAAGUUUGGGUGGGAUGAUGGCAUACCAUAUUCUUAGUUCUUAAAAUCUAUCACUUUUCACCUUACACUUGAUGUGUAAAAACUAUAAAAACAAUGUGUGAAACCCAGGGGUUCUAAAAUACAAGCAUAGAUUUUACUGGGUGUUUUGUCAAAGCAGGUUAUUCAGUGAUUCCUCCCCACUAUUCUAAAGAACCUUAAAUAAUGCUGUUGUGUUAGCUCUGAGUAGAAAGGAAAAAGUAAAACCUCUGUUUGGAAGUAAUAUUGGGUUGAAUUCUGACUGCGCCUUUCUAGCUGGACCUUUAACAAAUCACCCAAUCUUUUUUGUGUUUCUCUGAAGUCAUUUAUACAUUAAAUGUAAUUAUAACAACUGUGGGGUUGUGUUGAGAAUUAAGAGGUAACACUAUAUAUGUAAAGUUUGUAGUACUAGUCCCAGAAUUUAGAAUAUGCUCAAUACAAAGUAGAUAGCAUUAUAUAAGUUUAUAUUUUUGUGAGUUACAAAGUACUUUGAUAUAUUCUCAUUAAAUCUGUAAAUCACCUCUAUAAGUAAGUGGUAAUA